AUCGAUACUGCAGCUGGUAGGUGAUAGGUUACGGUUCUUCCCAGAACUUAUCAUAAAUAGUUGCCAGGCAAAAGGUGAAAAAUGGCGACCGCUGGUCCAUAUACGAUACAUGUUGAAAACAAAAACGAACCACCGCCACCAUACGGCAUGGUUGGAUCUUACAUGCCUUCGAAUGAUGCAGAAUUUAAACAGGACCUAAAACCUGACGCUGCUCCACAAACAGCAAAUAAUACGAGCACCAUAAUAUCAUUGCCCGAGAUUAUUGAAAAUCCGAGCGACCAAGAAGCAUUGGUCGCAACCUUGAUCUUCACCAUUAAAUCUUUACGACAAGCUUUCAUUAAAAAGGUGUUCUGCAUCGUGUUAAUGCAGCUUGUGAUAACCGCUCUUGUUACGUAUGGUUUAAUGCAAUGGAAUCAAUACUUACUAUUUGCUGAGCAAAAUACUAUAUUCUUCUUGGCCGUAUCUGUUAGCUGCUACUUCCUCACGUUCAUAGCAUUGUUAUGCUUUACGGACGCUAGACGCAAAGUGCCCUACAACUACAUAUUCCUUUUGCUGUUUACCUUGUCUUUCACGAUGAUUUUACCGUUGGCACUACAACGAUUUUCAUACGAACAGAUAUUGUUUGCUGCGGGUGCGACAUUCAUAAUAGUGUUGUCUCUAACACUGUUCGCCUUCCAGACUAAGAUAGACUUCACAUUGUUAUCGGGCUCCUGCCUCUGCCUGGUGCUGCCUCUGAUCCUACUCGGUAUCGCUGUACUUACUACCAAUUACGACAAAAUGAACCUACUGUACACAACGAUCGCUAUUAUAAUCAUAUCCCUGUAU